AUGUCCCGGAGUCCACGGUCGAUGUCGCCCGUCGAUUCAUACACAGAACGGGCGACUGUGCAAAAUACAGCAUCCCGCCAGUUUUCCGUGAUGGUGUGCUCAAACUUCCUUCGAGCAAUGUCUUUUAGAUCAGGGUACGCCUAUAAGGAUAAUCAAAAAGUUGCUGGCCUCGAGGACGAGGUGAGGAGGCCACGCAGAUUUUCAGCCGGCGAAGCAACCGCACGGCUCUUCGUCAGCCUUCUAGCCCUUGACGUGGCAUUCGGAGAUCUCGACCAGCCGGCAGAGCUCGUCAAUCGGGCUGUUAACCUCCGCCAAUGUUGA